UAUGGGUUAACCGAAACAAAUGGGCCCAUCACUCUCUGCGAUGGCAGGAGCAGGACCACUACUAGGGCAAUUACAGCAUCAUCAGUUGGAAGGCUUAUUCCAUCUAUGGAAGCUAAGAUCAUCCACAUUAAAACUGGUAAACCCUUGCCACCUUUCAGCUCUGGAGAACUUUGUGUCAGAGGUGUCCCUGUAACCCAAGGUUACUUUAAAAAUGCUGAGGCAACAUCAUUGGCGAUAGACAAAGAUGGAUGGUUGCAUACUGGAGAUUUAUGCUUCCUAGACAAGUUCGGUUUCUUCCAUAUUGUUGAUAGAAUUAAAGAACUCAUCAAGUACAAAGCCUAUCAAGUUGCACCGGCAGAACUCGAGGAAAUCCUAUCGGGUCACCCUGAGAUUAUUGAUGCAGCUGUGACAUCUACCCAGAUGAAGAAGCAGGAGAAAUCCCAAUGGCUUAUGUGGUGAGAAAUAAGAAGAGUAAAAUUGAAGGAGAAGAUAUUAUGGCGUUUAUGGCUAACAAGGUGGCUCCAUACAAGAAGAUAAGGAAAAUGGUUUUUGUGGAGCGUAUCCCUAGGUCCCCUUCCGGCAAGAUUUUAAGGAAGAAUCUCAAAACACUCACCAAAAUUUCUCCAAAGCUGUGAAUGAUUGAUGAUUCAUCACAAUAACUAACUAGAAAUUUCGUGAUAUUUACAUGCAGAAGUCUCUCUUUUUGAAUACUGUACUUGCUACUUUAUUCUUUAAAAUCUAUUCU